GCAGAGUAACAGACUCGAUCGACAGUGCAACGCAUAUAAUACACUCAUACACGACUCCCGACACUGAAGAAACAGACGAUGAAUGGUUUCGAACGCUCGAGAAAAGAAACGGCCAAGUGUUUGUUCAUUGGUGGUACUACCCUGAUUCAUAUGAUCAAUGGAUACCAGAAACAGACGACCAGGCUGAUCCCGAACCAGCCCCCGAUCACACUGGACCUUGGAACAUCAGCGCUCGAUGGCUACGCGAAAGCGAAUUUUUCAACGAAUGGAUGAACGAAGAAGAUUACGAAAUUGACGGGAACGACAGAAGACUAUCUGCUGGUGAAGAUCAAACAACGACCUUUCUGGAUGCGGGUUCGCUAUACAAGCGCACCCACGAUUCGUAUGUUGAUCAGGCGACGUCUGAGAUGGACGUCGAUAUUCAACCCGGAAAUCCGACCGCGAAACGGGCACGGAAAAAGUCGCCAGAGCCGGAUGCGGUGCCCACGCACAAAAGUCUUAAACUUGUAAAUAUAGAAGAAAACGCUCCUAAAGUUGGCGUGCGCGGGCGAAAGAACGAGUUCGAGCCGAUACAUGGUGGUGACAUUUCAAAUAUAAGUCAAGAGAUUCCUGGAAAUAUUUCAACUGUGAGUCAGGACAAGCAAGACAAUGACAGUUCUGAUGUUGAUAAUUUGGUUAGCAAUUUGAAUGAAGCUCGUUUGGCUCCUGACAAUACUACAAAUGUGAUGGACAUUGAUCAUUCGGAGCUUGACCAAGCCGAUCUCACAGCUUCUGGCCUAACUCCGCAGAAUUCUACAUCCGCCAUCAGCAAAGAAUCUGAAGAUCCCGACUCUGCCGCAGAACCCACUUCUGACUCCAAGGCAAUGGACGACUCUGGUGCAGCUUCUACACCACAACCCGAUAGCGCCAACACAGAAGCCAGCAUGGCUAAUGCAGAAGCUGAAAAGAGACGUCUCGAGGAAGAGGCAAGAAAGUACCUGUCCCAGCAGACGCAAGAGGUUAUCAUACCCUCGUAUGCGGCGUGGUUUGACAUGGCGCGAAUACACGAGAUUGAAAAGAGAUCUUUACCGGAAUUCUUUAAUAGUAAAAAUAAAUCAAAGACACCGAGCGUUUACAAGGAAUACAGAGAUUUCAUUAUCAAUACUUAUCGUUUGAAUCCGAGUGAGUACUUGACUGUCACGGCGUGUAGAAGGAAUCUAGCCGGAGAUGUUUGCGCUAUUAUCAGAGUGCACGCGUUCUUGGAACAGUGGGGUUUGAUUAACUAUCAGAUCGAUCCAGAAACCCGUCCAUCGACAAUUGGACCAGCUUUUACCGGCCACUUUCGCGUUACUGCUGACACGCCGCGUGGUCUACAACCGUUCCAACCUGUAAUACCAACCAUGGCUGGCUCAAGCUCUCAGCAGGCUGCCAUUCCUGGUCCUUCUUCAGUCUCUCGUCUUGUUCCAAAUCCGGCCGCCAUGCCACCGCCCACAAAGGUGGAUCUCAACCUGGGUCUCAGAGAGAAUAUAUAUUCAACCGUAGAAACACCAAGCGAAACACGACCAUCCGAAAAAGCCCCAGCGGGAACCGGUCCAGUCGAAGGUGCAAAACACUACAAUUGCUUCACAUGCGGAGUAGAUUGUACACGUGUCAGGUACCAUAAUCUUAAAAGCAAAAACUUUGAAUUGUGUCCCAAUUGUUAUCUCGACGGCCGAUUUCCCUCUGACAUGUUUUCGGGCGAUUUUGUAAAGAUGGAUGAAGCCGUAUUCAAACACGCCCAAGAUGAGGAAUGGAGCGAACAGGAGACUCUCUUGCUUUUAGAAGGAGUGGAAAUGUUUGACGAUGAUUGGAACAAAAUAGCCGAUCAUGUUGGAACUCGUACACGUGAACAAUGUAUUUUGCACUUUUUACAGUUGCCGAUAGAGGAGCCUUAUUUGGGUACUUCGAUGUCAGAUCUAGGAGCAUUGAAUUACCAGAGAAUACCUUUCAGUCAGGCGGACAAUCCAAUAAUGUCUGUAGUAGCUUUUCUGGCGUCAGUGGUGAAUCCGGGCGUGGCUGCUGCUGCAGCGCAGUCAUCUUUGAAAGAGUUAGCAGCCGCACUAAAGCGUGACAAAGAUAAAAAAGAGACUAAUGGAAUUAAUGGAUCCGAUAAUGAAGAACAAGAAAGUGCCAUGGACGUCGACCAACCGUCUACCUCUGCCGCCUCCAACGCAAAUCCAUCGUCACAAGAAUCAUCGUCCGAUCAAUCUACAAUCGCUCGCUCGACUCUAGAAAAAGCUGGCGCCGCAGCCCUUGGUUCAGCCGCAGCCAAAGCAAAACAGCUAGCCGAUUACGAGGAACGCGAGAUACAACGUUUGGUGAACACGGUGAUCGAUGCACAGCUAAGGAAACUCGAAUUGAAACUAUCACAAUUUGAAGAACUCGAGGCUCUUCUCGAUGCAGAGCGAAAGGAAAUAGAAAAGCAACGACAACAGCUCUUUAACGAUCGAUUACUUCUUCGCAAAAAUAUCCUGCAAAUACAAGAUCAAUUAAAGCAUUCUGGAAUUAACCCUGUUGUAGGACACAGUUAUGCUUCGAGCUCGGGAUCGAGAAUUAUAAGUAGCGCCGAAUAUGCUGCGGCUCAACAAGCGGCCAGCAGUAUACAGGAUCCAAGCAUGUCAUACGGAAAUGUUCCGGGAACAUCUGGUUCAGUAGGCGGAGAUAAUCUCCAGUUGUAA